CCGUAGGUGGCGCGCAUGCGCCCUGGCCGCGCCCGGUCCCCUUUUGGCGCCGCGGGCAGAGCGGAGCCCCGCGAGAAAUCUCCCGGCGGCGCGGCCCGCGCGCCACUUCCGGCCGGGCUCCUAACAACGGGGGAAGCUGGCAACCAGGGAGGGGGGAUGGCGGAGCGGGCGGCGGCGGCGGGCGGGGAGGCGGCGGCGGCGGCGGCGGGCCGCAAGGCGCGGGGCCGGCCGCGGCUCACGGAGUCGGACCGGGCCCGGCGGCGGCUCGAGUCCCGGAAGAAGUACGACGUGCGGCGCGUGUACCUGGGCGAGGCGCACGGGCCCUGGGUGGACCUGCGGCGCCGCAGCGGCUGGAGCGACGCCAAGCUCGCCGCCUACCUCAUCUCGCUGGAGCGCGGCCAGCGCAGCGGCCGCCACGGGAAGCCCUGGGAGCAAGUCCCCAAAAAGACAAAGAGGAAAAAACGGCGGCGGAGGAACGUGAACUGUCUGAAGAACGCAGUGAUCUGGUACGAGGACCACCAGCAUCGCUGCCCCUACGAGCCCCACCUGGCAGAGCUGGACCCCACCUUCGGGCUGUACACCACGGCCGUGUGGCAGUGCGAGGCGGGGCACCGCUACUUCCAGGACCUGCACUCGCCCCUCAAGCCCCUGAGCGACUCGGACCCCGACAGCGACCCCGCGGCCAGCGGCCAGGCCGCCAGCAGCUCUGACUCCUCCGACUCGGACUCGUGCUCGGCCCCCGGCCCGGCUGCCCCCAGCCCAGCCCCGCAGGAGACCCUGGGCACCCCGGGCUGCGGGCCCCCUGACGGACUGGAGGCCGUGGUGUGCCUGCCGCUGCCCAUGCAGGUGGGCGCGGGCCCCGAGGCGCUGGGCGAGGUGGUGGCUGGCUGCCCGGUGCCCGGCCUGGCCCCCGGCCCGCAGGUGAUCAUCAUCGCCGGCCCGGCCUACGACGCCCUGGCAGCCGAGGGGCUCCGGCUCAGCGUGGCGGCCUCGGGGGGCGAGCCCGGCCCCGGGGCGCUGCUGGAGGGCCUGGCCGCCUUCUCGGGGGACCCCGCCGCGCUGGCUGGCCCCGACGCCAAAAAAGAGAAGCAGGACCUGUUCGCGCUCAAGGAGGAGGAGCAGGAGCCGGGGACCCCCGAGCUGACCGAGCUGACCGCCGCCCAGGUGCCGGAUGGCGCCGAGCUGGACAGAGGGGACAUGUCGGCCAUCAUCUACGAGAUCCCAAAGGAGCCUGAGAAGAGGCGGCGCAGCAAGCGGUCGCGGGUGACAGACGCCGACGGGCUGCUGGAGAUGUUCCACUGUCCCUACGAGGGCUGUAGCCAGGUCUACGUGGCCCUGAGCAGUUUCCAGAACCAUGUCAACCUUGUGCACCGGAAAGGAAAAACCAAAGUGUGCCCACACCCAGGCUGCGGGAAGAAAUUCUACCUGCCCAAUCACCUACGGAGGCACAUGAUCAUCCAUUCGGGAGUGCGUGAAUUCACCUGUGAAACCUGCGGGAAGUCCUUCAAGAGGAAGAACCACCUGGAGGUUCACCGGCGCACGCACACAGGCGAGACGCCACUACAGUGCGAGAUCUGCGGGUACCAGUGCCGGCAGCGCGCCUCGCUCAACUGGCACAUGAAGAAGCACACGGCCGAGGUGCAGUACAACUUCACCUGCGAGCGCUGCGGGAAGCGCUUCGAGAAGCUGGACAGCGUCAAGUUCCACACGCUCAAGAGCCACCCGGACCACAAGCCCGCCUGACGCCCCCCCCCUGCACCCCGCACCCCGCACCCCUAUUUAUUUACCCCAGAGCGCCGGGUCCCCGGGGCCUCUGGAACUGUGUGGCGACUACGAGAGAGAUUAAAGAGCGAGCAAGGAGAGGCCCCGCCCCAGGCCUGGUGAUUUGGAGCUGCGGGGCCGCUGUGCUGGGCAGGGGUGGGGUGGGGGGAGCCUCGCCUGCGCGACCCUCCGCCUCCUCCGCCUCCGCAGGCAGAGAUGCGAAGAGACACCAGAGAGCGGGAUCUCCCCACGGGGCCUUAGCACCUGCCGUGUGGUGCCAGGGUCUUAAACCUGGGCCCUUCGCCUCCUUGGUGGGCGCGUGCUCUCUCUGUCUCUCUCUCUCGCCUUCCCAGUUGGCUUGGGACCCUCGUUGCCCACCUCCAACCCCUCCUCGCAGGACCCAGUGGGCAGCAGGGGUGGUGGGGCUGACACACACGUCCGGGAACCACGCCAGGCUCCCAGCAACAGCCUGCGUGUGUGUGUGUGUGGGGGGGGGGGGGGGUAAGUAUGCAUGGGAAUGUGUGGUCAGGGAGGACUUCUCGGAGGAGGCGGCAUCUGCUGCACCAAGUUGGGAAGAAUGACUUAGCACAGGCGCCCAGCUGUCAGAACCAGGCUCAGCGUGUUCCCGGGGCAGGGGAGCCGCCCUGGCCGCAUUCCCCAGAAGAGGAGGAGGCCGCCCCCGGGGGAGAGUGUCACGAGCUGUGUGGUCCCAGGUGGCCGCCCCCUUGUGACCUUGGGGGGGGCCAGCCAACCUCACCCUGUGCCCGGGGACCCCCCGACACACCCCACAGCCAGGGUCACACACCCCCAAACUCAGCAUUCAUCCCCCCACCCAGAUCAGGCACCGUUUUUUGCAAAGGGGGGGGAAGUCUGCGCCCCUGCCCAGCAUAGUCCCCGGUUUCCAUGGGAGCGCCCC